GCCCUACCCCCGGUCUCGCCGGCCUUGUCAUGGUCAAAGGAAAACACUGUCUUCGCUAUGCAAACAGCGAGAGUUUUUCUGCAAGUAAAAAAACUACCAGUUUAUCUGCCAGUAUUAUCGACUUUUUUUACUUGUCGGUUUUUGACGUCGCAAGGCUGCAUACUCGUACACAUCAAGCCAAUGUCAACACAACGUCACAUGUUCUUGUUAUUACAACAACUACUAGGUUGCAUUGCGCGCUUGGAGUAAUUACGAGUACAACGCCCGGCAUGAUCUCAGUGUUUCUUCCUUUUUAUUCCUUUUUUUACCCCCUAUCAGUAAUUGUAGUAUAUUGAGAAUGAAAAUUUUAGCACCUUUUGCUAACUGUCACAUACCUAAACUUUUAAAAAACCCUUGGCAGCAUCUUUCUCGAUUCUCCUAUCAUUCACAGAAAGAUCUAUUUAAUACUUCUUUGCACAGGGUAAUUUUUUGCAUUAAUGCAGGGCAAAUUUUGACGGUGUUUUGAAAUCCGAUGUCGUAAAAUAAUACAAGCCAAUAAAAGUGCUCGAAUAAGCGAAGAAUUGUUCGAAAGUGAUUGUUAGGAACGUAGAAAUGAAGAAAUGAAACCAUGAAAUAAAGUGGUGGAGUUGUGGACACCGAUCUGAACAUGAUGUCCUCCAAUUCUAAAAAAUGUUAUAAUAUCCAAAGAAAACUUUCGCUCUUUGUUAAUUAUUUACUGCUUAUUUCGAGAUAGCAAAUGAUAUUUCUAGUUUUGUAUCAAUCAUUGUGCGACGGAUUGACAGUAAAAUGAAUUUCCCCAUUGGUGGAAAAACUUUUUGCAGUAUGAAGAGCCACUCAAAGAAUCAGAACCAACGAUGGAUAAAUUGAAGAAGCGUUAUAAUAGGAACGCAAAAAGCCAAUUUCAAGCGUUUCCGAACAUCGGACAGUAGAAAAUGAACUUAUUCAACCGCUUAUGAACUGCCUAUAAGGCAAUGAUGGUAGCUGCUGGAGCAUCCAUAGAAAGUAGCUUCUGGGUACGAAACAUACAAAAUCACAAAAGAAAAUCAACAUUUUCAACAAGUACAGUAUUCCAUGAUAUUUACUUCUGUUGCCCUGUCCGCUGUUCUACCAGACCAGAAGUACGUCUAAAGGCUGCCAAACCACAGUCUCUGCUUAAGUUUUUUUGGGUCAAUCACACUAUUGCUGAGAUGUUUUCAAGGAUUCUUUAUACUUGCAAACUAAAAGCACUUUUGGGAGAUUCUAUUGUAUAGCAUUAGCAGGCUCUCUUGUAUUGGUAGAUCAGUCUGCUGUUGAAGUUCUCCGUAUAAAUUGAUCAUUCUUCAGUGUUAUGAAUGCUUCUGUUGUAGCUAUAGUUUUCAUUCUGCCGGAGAUUUCGAGUUAUUUGGUGAUUGAUCCUGUUUCACUGUUGAUGACCUUGUACACAUUUUCACUGGCUAGAAUGUAGUGCCUCGUAAUGCUUUCUUGUAGGAGCUUGUCAUACUGCUCGUUCUCGAGGUAGUAGAGAUAAUUGUAUGUGGGGGGUAUUUUCUGCAUUUGAUUCAGAUCUUUUCCUCUGCUGCUUGGAUACCCGUGCAAGUUUUGUCCUUCAAGAAAAAGAGCCCUUUCGACAUCAUACUCUUGAAGACACUUUCAAUUUUUCCGACCUCCUUUUCUUACAACAGUUGGCUAACAGAGAUGGAGUAUUAGCCGAAGGCCAAAAGAGAAACCUAGCUUGCUUUUGUCAGCAGAGAAACAAAGUGUUCCACCUUUUGGGUGUGUCAAACGAAAAAGAAAAGCUGUUGGUUGUUCCGUCUACGGACAGAACGGAUCAUAAAGAAAUGCCGAUUUCGACUGAAACUUUUUUCGUAAGUUGCUUUAAGCGUCUAGAGACGUCUUUGUUAUGCAUGCCUAUUAUAGUUUAUGUCCUAGUAACAGGUUCUAUCUACUUUUGUAUUUUCAAUCAUCAGUUUGAUAACACUUCUUUGUAUUCUUUUAUUUUGGGUUUCGCACUGAUAAGUAGUGAAAUAUGUGCUCUGUAUUUUAUAGUUGAUUUCUUGAAUUGCCAUUUUAUCUUCGCAAAAGUAUGAUUAGUGUGACAAUUUAAAAGCCAUAUUCUAACAAGCAUCUGAGAAAAGCCUCCAUUAUACUAUCCAAGGCUUAAAACAGGCAAUGAUUUUUUGUGUGUAGCAACAUGAAUGAUAAUAAAAUCAUUAUCCUUUUUUAGGGGUGUAGUGCUACGAUAGCCAUCUUGGGAAUGCUGAAAAGUGACCAUCGCAGACGUAGGAAUAAGGGGGCACGGGGGCAUGUUUCCUCCACUGUUCAGAAACACAGGAAAGUAAAGAAUUUAAAUCUUUGGAGUACUGAAAUUUAGUGCUGUAGUUUCACAUAAGAAUCUCUGAUUAAGUAUUCAAUAGUGAUGGAGUUCAUUUAUGUCGAGAAAUGCUGAUUUCCAUUCAUCUCUUUAUCUGCUAACAAUUCUUCAUGUUUCCAUAACAUGUUGAAACGUGUUUGUUUUCUACCCUAGGAUAUUCAAGUGAAGACUGAAAGAUAACGAAUGGAUUUUUCGAAGUCAAUCAGGUACCAUAUUAAUAUGCGAUAAAACAAAAUGGCAGCUGUAAAGGAUGGUUAUAGCCAAGCAAACACUUGCAAGAAGCUUUAUUACACGUUAGACUGUUAAGCUGGUAACAAAAAUACCUCUGGCUUAAUCCAAGAGCCACCACGGGGGAAAAUAAAAGAUCGGAACUAAAAUUUGACGCAUCUAGAUUCAAAGGCUUUUUAAAAAGCUACAAUGUUAACUUAACUGGUUAUUGACAACCUCUAAACAUACAAUGAUAAGAUUUUCUUUCGUGUAAAAACCUUUCUAUAAUUUUUAGAUUAAAUUUUUUACCAAAUUGACUCAAAAAGUCUGAUAAUGAAAAAUGCAGAUUGGGCAGAACACCAUUUUAUUACAUAUAAAAUAAUUUCUCUAUGCAGUGACGCGAAAAUUCUGGGCAUUCAAUAGUCUCAGAAAUCACAGAGACAUCGAUCGUACACUGAUAACAGGGCCGACGAAACCAGGGGGGGGGGCGGUGGGGCUAUGGCCUCCCCACUUUUCUUCAGAGCUAAAGAAAAAUUUUAGGCGAAAGUGAAAAUAAAUAUAGUAUAUGAUUCUGUAAGUAACUUUGCCUAGUAUUCUCUUAAAUGUGUCCUUAGCUUUACCUUUGUUGCUAUGUCUUUAUCAUAGAAGACAUACAUAAAAUUGAAUAUGGGAAUUAGAUUGAAGAAAUCGGUCAUUGUUUAAAUUUACAACGAGUGACAGCUUGGCUUAGCAAAUAGAUCGAGAAACCUAGUCCAGAAUAACUUGGUGCCAGCACAAAUUGACGGAGUUUCGUUUUUUCCAUUGCCUAAACUUGGCACACAGGGUCUAUUUGUUAACGAAAACUUUCUCAGAAACAUUACAAAAAGAGAGAAAUCAGCUGUUGAAGGAAAAGAAACAGCUGGAACGAACUUUUUUGAGGAUAUGAGACAUAAAGCAUGAGCAGAUUUGUUCUUAAAAAGUAUCAUCAAAAAAACUUCAGAGUUUGAUCGUUUGAAUAAUCCAUUCCUACUAAGAAAGAGAAACAUGGACGCAAUUAUAAAUUCUAUUUAAACUCAUUUUGACAGGCCAACUCAUUUUGAAGGUUUUUAAAAUUUUUGUUAAAGCACUUCAUUUCCGAAAAAGUUAAGAUCAGAUGUUACAAAAUUAUAUCUUAGCUGUACAAAAUUGCUGAAAUUUUUAUUUUUAGUAGAUAGUUCUUCUGUUGAUAUUUCAAGGUUAAUGUUUUUAUUAAUCCGUGUUUCAUUUAUCUUUUUCCCUCAUCUUAUUUCGGGUAAUUUUAAAAUCUAAAAAAGGUUUUAUCACGAGCUAUAUGAUAGUGGUUAUUCUAAAACUUUACAAAACUUUUCUAUUUCAAGUCAAUAUCACAAUAGACGCGACUAUGCGACACCUUCAGUCAAAAUUCAUUUUAGAUACAGUUUUCGGCCAUCCCUAAGACACCAUAAUUCUAAAAUUUUUCUUGCCGCCAACCAUGGUGGCGGCCUUUCCUAAGCCCUUUCAAGACUUUGAUAUUUUGGCCCCUCCAAUUUCCAUCACGUUUCGCCCGCCCUGUAAUAUGAUAAAAGAACUUCAAUGUUCUGGUUGCAGGCCUCAUCACCAGAGUUUCUAGUCAUACAUGGAAGCGCUUUCUUAAUUCAAUACGCAUCUGUUUGUUUAUUUGCAAGUGUCCCGGUUUACUGCGUUCUUUCAUUCAAGACACAGACAAGCACCGCACACCAUUCUAAAAAUGGGUGGGCUAAAAAGAGCGUGGCCAAGAUUUUUUAGAUCACGCCCUUUAUAACGCCGGAAAACGCCCCUAUUAGAAAGUACUUACUUAUUUCCACUUAUACAAACGCUCCACUUUAUACAAACAGUCCGAUUCAGAGAAGAUAUAAAGUACUAUGAAAAUAGAUUUGACAAGAUAAGACAUCAAGAAAAUGGGUUCCCAGUCAAAACGAACUGCUACUACUUAGGCUCCGUUUAAGUAAACUUUCCACAGUUGCGUUAGAAUAAACUUUCUAAAAAUUGUCUAGCCUAUAAUUGUAAAAAAGUGGGGGGGGGGGGUGUCUCUGCUAGCCAUAUUACUGGGCGGUUCCUGGACACAAGCAAAUUCAUGUUACCAGUCAUAGGCUAGAGUGUUGCGUGAACUAAAUUCAUAUUUGUGGUAGCUUCGGACAUUCAGUAUUUAUUGUAUGUAAGAAAUGUUUGGCUUUUCUACUCGAACAAGACAAUUUUCAAAAUCCUUUGUCCGUAUUGCAAUGAGAAGGAGACUUUCUUUCAAAAAUUUUGGUCGUGUUUUUAGGAAAAUUCCAGCUUUUCAAAUGAUGAUAUGAAAAACACUACCAGAGUAAGAAUAAAAAAUUACAUUUAAACCUGUAUGAACCAUCAUAGAGUAGACAUUGCAAUCCUUUAACAACAUAAGCAUCUUCUCUAUGUAGAAAAGCAUUUCAAUGUUGUAGAGCAUAAAGCAUAGAACACUAGUACAGCUUAUAAAAAAGAAAUUAAUAACAGCAUGAUGUACUAAGUGAGACUAGAAAGAUUAAUCAUUAAGAAAGUUCUGAACUCCUAUAGUUGUGAAGCUCUGGCGUCCUGCAAGGAUCCGUAUUAGGUCCAGUCUAUCCUAUAUGGCAUAACAUUGAAUCAACGAGCUUCAAAUUAGAAAUUCGUAUUCGUGCCAUAUUAAGGUGAUUUGAUUCAAAUUUCAUGGAGACAAAUCCACCGAAAUUUCAGAUAAUAUUUCUUGGCUUUAUAAAGCAACAAAAUCUGUAUUUAGGAAUUAAAAGAAAAAGCAAUGACCAGUCCAAAGAGGUCAGGCUAUUUGGUGUCACAAUCGAACAAAGAUUGAACUUAUGGAAACAAGUGGGACAAUGGCUCUCCUGCACCUACACCAGUGGUGUGGGUAUAUAGUGAUAACAUUUAUUUGCCCCGUAAUCUAUGUUUAAUGCUUCUGCCUAAUUCUCUUAUGCCACGAUAUUUCUAAUUUCGUCUCUACGAAUCUGUAAAUUUUAGGAUUUCACAAUUUCUUCUAAGGGAUUCAAAUAUUUUUUCCUACUACACAUUUAUCUCGCCUUACAUUUCAAAGAAAUCAUGACAUUAAGUUCAUGUUGUUCAUUGGGUUAAUAUUCCUGUUUUUAAUAAUCUAAAGCAGGAUUACUAAGUAUGUGCACUCAUUUUGUAUAAAAAACGAAGUUCAACCUUGAGUACUCGAGUUUCUUAUUGUUUUAGCGAAUUCCAAUACUUAUUGUUUCUUAAAGGUUUUUAACUAUAAUGUCAUAAAUUUUAACAUUCCAGAUCCUAUAUUUUCCAACAGAAAAUGCUCAUGGCAGAAAAUAUAUGUCGAGGACUCGUUUCAAUUCUAAUCCUGUAGUUAACAUACCUGAUAACCUACUAUGAUUGCGAUAAGAUUUUGCCUAUUUAACCACAAGUUUGUGUAUAGAACAGUAUGCCAAAUUAUCUGUCAUUUGUUAUUUAUUUAUCUUAAAAAAGCAGAAUUAGGUAAUGUAAACAUCAAAAGCACAUGACUCAGUAUGAAAACUACAUCACAAACAGGUACAGUUUUCAAAGAUUCACUGAAGGUACAAUCUAUCAAAGUUUGUACGUUUCGAUCAUAAAUUGCGACGUUUCGAGCAUAACUUUUCAUCAAGUAGAAAGUAUAAGGAAGUAACGGUUAAAAAGAGAAUAAAAGAGUGGAAUCGAAACGUGAACUAUGAAGAAAAACGCUGUAGAACGUAAGAUGGGGUGGGAACAUGUGAGGAGGUAGAAAGAGUAUCGAUAAGAUAAGAAGGUAAAAUAUAAAAGGAAAGAUACAUAAAUUGUAUGGGAUUCUGCCCUCUUCCAAUAUUUUAGCACUAUAGACUUUGUAUUGCAUGUCUAUUGCCAUUGACCAUGUCAAACUGUCUUUGCAUGAUUGAUUGUCAUCGGUUCUGACGGGCCUGUGCAAUGCCCACAUCUGCAGCAUUGAAAAAAAAUCCCCUGAGCCCUUUCCGUAGGUAAAAUGUAAGUUUUUAAUUCGUAGGGAAUUGUGGCUAGAUAAAUAGAGUUGCUGCGUAUGUUCGGCAUUUCGUCGGCAAUUGCAAUGCGUUGUGUCAAGGCUAGAUCCCAGAUCUUUUCAGCUGUUCGCAACGCGACCUGUUAGGCCAGGCAAAAAGUGCAUUUACUCUUCUAAAAAUGAACACUUCCUUAUUUUCUGCCACUGUUAUGGGUCUCUUUGUAUUAGCUGAUGGGUGUAGCCAUGCUGCUAAGAAUAUCAUUUUCCCAAGGAAGGAUUGAUAUCAUAUGGGCCAUUUUUCUUCCGAACAUGACAGAAUAUUGCAUUCAGAAUUACUUUCAUACAUUUUGGAAUGAAAAAACUGUCACAAGGACAUUUAAGUCAAUUUGAUUCACAAACAAAAGACAAAAAUAUAAGAAGGAAAUUUUUUUAAUUUAUUGUUUGUGUACGAAACCAGUUGCAAAUGCCUGGGUUUACCAUCAAAAUUGAAUGUGCUACUAAAGAUCUCCUUUGUACCCUUUGUCGUUUGUUGCUAAGACACCCAGUACAGACAUUGUGUGGGCAUCGCUGUUGUUAUUCAUGUGUUCAACUGAAAAGAGGAUCUUCCUCCAGUUUCAUUUGCCCAGUGGAUGGCAUCGAAGUUGCUGAAGUAUUUCCCGAUAAAUUCAUAGAGCGCGAGAUAUUAAACGCAACUGGUAUUUGUGAAAACAACAGUGCUGGGUGUCCUUGGAAUGGUCCCGUAAAGGACUAUGAGGACCAUAUUUCGCAAUGUCCAUACAUUAAUAUUACCUGUGCCAACCAGGGAUGUGGUGAGCUUGUCCCCAGACAGUUUUUAAGUCAGCAUUUGGAGACAGAAUGUCUGUACAGAAAAGAACCCUGCCAGCUAUGUGGGGAAAUGGUUGUUGUUGCAAAUACCAAGAAACAUUGCCAGACAAAAUGCCCGAUGGCUAAAAUCAAAUGCAGUCAAUGUGGAAAAGACAUCUUACGAGGGCAGCUGGACACACAUCAAAAUUCGGACUGUGACGAAGCAGUGUUGGCGUGCCCAUUCAUCAAAAUUGGAUGCACAUCAAAACGACCAAUGAAAAAGAAUGAGAAACGCAAACACAUGGAAAAUGAACAGGUCAACCACAACACGUAUUUGCUUAAUUAUACACUUGAUGUUGCGCAGAAAUUAUACGAAAUGAGUGAAGAAAUGCAGCGUGGCUUUGCCUCAAGACAGCCAGUCGACCAGGUACAAAAGUUUGAUGAAUCAGGGUUUGCCAUGAAGCACAAGCCAGGAAAAGGUCGGGGGAAAGUUGUACCUGAUUCGACCCCGGACACGGCUGACAGCUUCAGACAGUCAUUUUCAAGCCUGCCAUCCGAUUUUCAGAUGUCUGGUCAGUCUACAAGCGACCAGAUUUUAGAUCUCGAGAGCAAAAUAACAGCUGUUUCGUUCCAAUUCCAAGACAGUCUGACAUCUGAAGUUCAGAAGAUUUCUCGAAGCAUCGAUGCAGUGAGAGAUUCGAUACGUAAAAUGGAACAAAAGUUUGGGAAUCUAGAAGAUAUCCAGCAGAAAACCGCAAUCAAUAUGGCUGAGCAAAAUGACAGAAUCGAAGAUCUUGAAAAUGCAUCAUUUAACGGUAUACUCGUUUGGUCAAUCACAAGCUUCACUAAGAAGAGACAUGACUCCAUUGUUGGCAGAAACGUCUCCUUCUAUAGCCCUUACUUCUAUACAAGCCACUAUGGAUACAGGAUGCGCCUCCGCAUCUAUCUAAAUGGCGAUGGCGUCGGAAAAGGCUCCCACAUCAGCCUGUUCUUUGUCAUAUGUAAGGGUAAGCAUGAUGCUUUAUUAACGUGGCCGUUUAGGCAGAAAGUCACAAUGACCAUUCUAGAUCAGGAUCGUGUAAAAGAUGUCACCGACGCUUUCAAACCUGAUCCUGCGAGCUCAUCUUUCCAGCGACCAGUGAAAGAAAUGAAUAUUGCAUCAGGCUGCCCGCUGUUCAUGAGGCUGAGCGCACUAGAUACAUCUGCGUACACCAGAGAGGAUACGCUUUAUGUCAAAGCUGAGGUUGAUCUUACCAAUUUGCCCAGAUUCUGAACAAUUCAUUCUUUCUUUCCUCCAUAUUUAUCACAAUCGGAAUACCAAGCGAAUCAAAAGCUUAACGUGAUUGCUUCAGAAAAAUUGCGUACCGUAGAGUUAAUGCGUUUAAGAUUGUACCUUUCAGACGCCGAUUGCAGUGGGAAUUUUGUUCUUUGAUCAAAUCGAAUGGCUGAAAAACUGAUCGCUACAAAAAUUAAGAGCUUUACUAACGUUUUGACGUACAAAUCUUAAAUCCAUGUAGGCUGAGAAAGUCAGAAUUUAGAAAGCAUACUCCGUAAAGCAUAGCGGUCAAAUCUUUGAUUGGCUGAGAGCUCUGUUCGCUACCAUAUUCUACGCCAAUCAGCACACAGGAUUUUCACAACAAAAUCGCUUCGCUGAAAUGGCGAAAAUGGGCCUAAUUCUAGCUGCGAAGCGAUUUUGUUGUGAAAAUCCUGUGUGCUGAUUGGCUUUGAACAUGGUAGCGAACAGAGCUCUCAGCCAAUCAAAGAUUUGACCGCUAUGCUACCCCGUAAUAAAUAGAUGUUUAACGAAAUUUCUAAGUGUGGCAGAGAUCGUAUGUUACAAAGAGACAUUAGUCCUUAGUAGGAUAGACGUGUCGCCUUUUUUUAGGAUAAAAAUUGCAUCCUAACUCUUAGAUAGUCGUCGGCAAUGUCUGGCAUAUUUAGGUACCUGAUUAAAGGCAUAUUUAGCGACUUCAGACAAAAAAACUGCCUGAUAUAUAAUAUAAUAAUAAUAAUAAAUAAUUUGUUUAAAGUUGGCGUACUAAAUGAACGGCUGAUAGCUAUAAAGAAGCUAAUUAAGGCCAACUAUCUAUAGAGUUAGUAGUGGUGGGGAGUUUACCUUGCAUGUGCGAGUUAUUUCAACUGAAGUCAUUGACAUCAGAAAAAAUGUGAAAAACUGAGAUAAAACAACUUAUUAAUUACACCAGGCUCUAGCGAGCAAGGUACAGCCAGGAGAGGUAGAGAUUCUCAAAUAGUUUGUCUAAACAAGUUUUUAUGAGAAAUCUGAAUUUCUUGGAUAAAAAGACAAAUAGAGUUCUAAAGUGUGACGUCAUCAAAAACCAAUUUUUAGAAUUUUUGAAUUUUAACCACAUAGCGUAAAAGAUCACCAUGAAAUACUUUCAAAUAUGUAAAAUUAGUCAAUUAUGUCUAAAAUCGGUUGAGAUAUGGCUAAUAAAAGAUUUGAAGUUUGCUAACGAAUCACUGUUAUUUUGGCUCUGUUCAUAAAGUUAUGAACAAAGACCAAAAUACAGAGGUUUGAUGGGGAGAGAACCAGUAAACAUGUGGCCAUAUCUCUGCCAUUUCGUAAUACACUUGCCUGAUUUUGCACAUUUAGAGGUAUUUCAUGAUGGUCUUUCAGGUUAUGGAGUCAAAAUUCAAAAAUUCAAAAAAUAGAUUUUUGUGACGUCAUCACUUUAGAACUCUAUUCCUGAGAAAUUCUGAGAACGGGGGUAAAUUAUGCUAAAUUUGGUAAUAUUCACGCCGGAGGCAAUAAGAAAAACAUGACUGGAUUACAAGUGGUUUGAAGCAGUCAGAAUCUCACACAAAAUACGUUCAACCUUGAAAAAUGUACAAAACAGAAGCUUUAGUUGCCAUGACGUCACAAUGCCUUCACGUCACUAUAUGACCUACUUACAAGACAAACGUGAAAUUAUCAAUACAAAGUUGGAAAAGAAACAAAAGAUUUGCGAAAAUUUUUAAUUUCAACAAUGCAUCUCAGCAUCUUUUUUCCAUUUUAUACCCCCUGCAUGCAAAAUUCGUCGCACAUGCAUGUCGGUCAUCUUUGGAGUCUCAAAGUCAGCUUGGCAGGGUGGUUGAUAGCGGAUAGACAGAAGUACACCAAUUCGACUUACGGCCUCGUUAUGAAAAUUUCUCUAAACCUCAUUAUGCGACUUUUUAAAGCUCAGAUUUGGUUUUAUCACCACAAUUUUAGGCUGGAUUCAGUUUUUUCUAUUGUUUGUGCUUGCGUUUUAGAUUUUACUGAGAAAUGAAGUUUGAAAACUUGCAAGGGGUUUGACCGCGAAAAUCAUUCCGGCUGAAUCACGGUCAAUCCCCUUAAAAAUCUGUACCUUUAUGUCGUCAUGAAAUCAAUAUCGUGAGCAAGAACGUAAUGAAACUUCAAGUAGACUAAAAUUCUCGCUCUCGUACUGAUUUUUUUCCAAAUGAGGCUGUAAGUUGAAUUGGUGUAUUUAAGAAAACUUCCUGAUAACUCAAACCCCCGAUAACUCGGACAUUCGUUAUCUCGAACCAUUUCAUUGGUAUCGGGAGUUCAAUAUAGAACCAUUAAAAUGGUUAGAGCGGCUGAUGCCAGCUGUUAUCAACGAUCGGUUAAUUGGGAGAAUAAAGAAUUUCAGCAGUUCAUGAUAAGAGUACAGGUGAAGAUCAGGUAGUCGUUCGGUAAUUACCCUCCGGACUGUGACGUCAUGGCAAACCGAAGCUUCUGUUUUGUACAUUUUUCAAGAUUGAACAUAUUUUGUUUGAGAUCUUAGUGCUCCAAACAACUUGUAAUCCAGCCAUGUUUUUUUUAUUGCAACUGACAUGAUUGUUACCAAAGUUCGGCAUAAUUUAACCCCGUUUUCAGAAUUUCUUUGGAAUUUUCCUUUUUACCUAAGCAAUUCGGAUUUCUCAUAAAAAACUGAUUUAGCAAAACUAUAUGAGAAUUUCUACCUUUCCUUGUCGUACCUUCCUCCUUUAGAGUCUGAUCUAGUAUACGAGUUUAUCUUGCAUAUGCACAGGUGUCCUGUUUUGUUUUGCUUUGAAAAUCAAUUUAACUAUAUUUCGUAUUUUGAAGACUUUUCUUCGUGGCUUUGGUCCUUUGGUUUUCUUCGCUUUAGCUUGCAAGGUCCAUUAUUGCAAAGGCUAAAUGUCAUUAUUGGUUGAAAUUUUAAAUCUAAAAUGCCAUUUUAAUUCUAAUCAUCCAAAUAUAUUUUUGUUGUGUAAGCAGUCAGGGCUGCAAUAACAAAUGCUAAUAUUCUUAUCGUGCAAGUUUUCGUUUCUCUUUGUAAUCGAUGUCCUCAUUUACCAACAUUUCCCUCUUCGCUUGCGUGUGGUUAUCGUUUUGUUGAGAAUGCAUAGGCCGUGUACAUGUGAUUUAAUAACGUCUUUCACCCAGUUCAUAUUCAGAUAAAAUCGUUGGUUUUAAUGGCGUGAACAGUUUUGUUUAUUGUUGAUGGUAGCAUUGCCUCGUGUUAUUAAAAUGAACCCCCCCCCCCCCCCCCAUAAUGAUCCAGCCAGCGCUCUGCGAUAAUGUCUCGUCACCACAGAAGCGUUGGAUGAGUUAGAAAAAGGGCUAUCGACAGGGUUACUAUAGACAUCCUAUAGAUAUCAGCAGGCAUCUUUUAGUCACGUUAAUGUGCGAUCUCAGGGCUUGAUACGCAGUGAUUCUCAUACCAGGCUUCAAAUACUGAAAAAAACCGCUCCAAACCAAAUUUGUUGAUGAAUCAAAGCUAGUCUUCUCUCUUUUAGCUUCUUGAUGGACUGAAUCAGAUGAUCGCUAGUAAUCUUCUAUCAGCAGAUCAUCUAGGAUUUUUUAUUUCUUGUUAUCGUUCGAUUAAAAACACUGAUGAACUGAUCGUCAAAUAUUUAACAACUUCACAAUAUAUAUGCUCACAUCUAGUUAUUCUCAAAUGCCGACAACUUAUCAUACCAUAGCAGACUAGAGCAUAAACUCGAUAUUUUCUAUAAGCUCCUUCAAGCAAAGUAAGACUUGAAGCAAGUCUUUUUUGAAUCUUUAAAGACUCUGAUUUAGUGAAUUGUACGCCUUUUCUUUGACUAAUGUACAGAAAACUCAUCUUAGGGCGUGGGAUGUGAUGGAGUUCCUCCGCAAGUCCCUUAGCUGACUUGAUCAGCCUAUCGACUCUGGCUUUAUUUUCCUUACAUAAUCUUACCUUUGAUUAAAUGCAUUAAUGACAGCCGUUUCAUUUUGAUACUCAAAUCUUUUUUCAUGUAUCUGCUUCAUGAAGUGAUGAUGUAAUAUGGAUUGAGUAGUGACGAUUUCAGCAGCUCCGAUUUCCACAGCCCCGAUUUCCACAGCAACUUUCCUUCAUAGCAUAUGACAUCAAGUGUGACGUCCUCAUCCCACCGUUAUACCAUACUGAUAAUAUAUUCUUAUAUGAAGUUCAGAAUACAGAAGGCAGAUUAAGAAUACAGAAUAAAACGGAAUACAGAAUGCGGAAUACAGAAAACAGAGCACAGAAUAAAUACAGGAUACAGUAUAAAGAUUUCACAAUACAGAAAAUAGAAUAAAAGAUACGGAACAUGAAUAAACUUACCAGUGGCCACGGAAUAUCGACUAGAUCUUAUAUAGAGUCAAUCGAAUUACCAACAGAAAACCAUUCAUUUUAAGUCAAUCGAGAUAUGGAUAAUAAUUCUAAAUAUGAUUGAUGAACUGAUUAACACCUGCGGUCUAUUUACUUUAUUUUGUUCGUAUAAGAGAAAUUUUCAAAUAUUUGGUAGAGAUUUAAAACGCUACGCGCUGGUCUUUAACCAUCUUGGUUGUUAUAGAAAGUCAAGGGAAUCGUUUUGUCGUCUUGUAAAUUCCCGACUAAAAAGCCUUAUCAAUUCUUUGAUUAGCGUUAGAUGCGUCGUAGUCGUUCAGCAACGCUUUUCCAGUAGGCAAUCGCUGAACUAGUUGAAGAUAUUCAAUAAAUAUAUUUCUUUUCCAUGCCGAAUUUAGCACGUUUUCGCACGUUCGUACUUUGUCGUUCAAAACUUACAGUUCUGCUGGAAGUGAUAUUUCAAAUAAAAUGUGCCUGGAUCGCAACAAUGUAUCGGCAGAUAUGACUGCACUCGCUUUUGCCACACUACAUGUACAUAGUAUAAUUGAUACGUAUAAUAAGUAUAAUGCGAUGACUACUCGUGCAAAGUAAAAUUGCUAAAAUGUUGUAGAAGAUCAGGAUACGUAUGAUAUGUUAGUUUUUUGUUAUUGUCAAUGCAACGGAGAUCAUAAAUCGCAAUCGAAUUUGUCGUGUUGUGAACAAUAAGUCUGGACACUUACAGUAUGUAGCGUUGAAAUUAAAAGGAAACGAAUCCAUGAUUCUUCUAAGCUCGGUUAAAACUGUCUUCAACCCCCGUCUUUAAGGUGAUGAGUCAAUUUAAAUGCAAAAGCACAGAAUAGAAAAAUUAUAUGGCAAAAGCAUUAAACUGCUGACGUAUUGCUGAACAAUCGCGCCAAUGAUAAGCACAUUUGAUUGGCUUACAUUGCCCAUGGUGCAAUUGAUCUCAUCACUUGUAAACCCAAUGCCCCAUGGUAAAUACAAUUUGCGUUGUUGCAAAAGAAAUAGCUCAAUUUUGACUAUAGGGUAGGAAUUAGAGAGAGGAAUUUCUAAAAUCAAUACGGCUGACCAGCAGAUAAAGGGUCACGCAGUUGUCUCGACGAUUGCUGAGUCAUCUUUUGCCUUGCUAGUCGCUGGAGUUCUGUGCAAGCGUUUGUUUGAUAGCUGAGCUGAAAGAUUACCUCAGACAAUUGUCUUGUUCUAUUUACUGAUAGACAUAUAUUGAUUUAGUAUCAUUGAAUAUCCUAUACUUUUAUCUAUUAACUCAUAUUUGUGCACUCGCUGCUUUGCUGUGUUGCAACUUGUUUCAUCUUUAAUGUUUACUAGAUAAUGCUAGCUUUGAUCAAAAUUUAUAGUAUUCAAAACUUAUGCAAUAUAACUUUCUUCUGUCAAUUUUUAAUAGUUAUUCCAUGUUGUGUUGAAUAUUCCCGAAUCCUGAGAUUCUGAAGUAAGUUUGUACGGCGUCUUCGACGUAUUUGUUAGUUUAGUGAUCUGUUUUUCGUGAUUUGCCUGGACAUUGGCGUCAAAUUUCCAUUAACAUGGACAUUAAAAAGUUUGAAUUGAUUUUAGUCAGCAUUCCAUCGUGUGUGCUGUUUGUCUUCGCUUAUAGAGUUUUAACGUUGUAAUUCAGCUCUGAAAUUUUUUUUUCCCCGUUAAUGUAAA